GUGUUGAAUCAGUUUAUUGACGGCAGUUUGAUACUCUGGUUGUUGCUACAUUGAAAAUUGAAAAAUUAUAUUUUGGGGUGCACAAUAACAUCUGCGUUAUGAAAUAUACAACUUUCCUACUUUUGCAAGCAUUUUUAUUGUAUCCAGCUUUUAUUAGAAACAAUGUGGUCUGGUGCAGCCAAACAAUAGACGACCGGCCACUUGCCAAAGUAAAUGAUCCGCCAUCCAAAACGCAGCCUUCCGAUGUUGUAAAAGUUGUGUCUGGUACCAACGUAAAACGUUUAGAGCGAAUGACGGUUCCUUUGAGUGGACAAUUUACGCAAUAUCCAAUAUAUUUUGGUUAUAAUUAUGUCGGCGCAGUACCUCGUUGGCAAGCAUUUGCGAGUAUUGUAGGAGAAGGAGAGUCUGCCAUAAACGGAAUCGUUACCUUUCAGCUAUUGCCUUACAACGGUGACAUUAGAGUGACCAUUAAUAUAACUGGACUACCAACAGGCAAACACGCUAUUCAUAUACACACAUACGGAGAUUUGCGAGACGGUUGCAAAUCAACUGGUGGGCAAUUCCCUAACAAUUUCAUAGGCAACGUAGACACCAAAGAAGAUGGAAGUAUCUCAUCGGCCUUUCGCAGUUCGUAUCUAAAUUUGUUUGGCUUCAAUGGAAUUGUAGGGCGUUCAAUUGUUAUACAUGAAAAACCCAUCGAUGUAAAUAUUGCACUCAAUGCUGAAGUGUUUUCUAGCUCACUGCAAUCAAUGUCCGAUGCUCUGGCCUAUCAAAAUGAGGAAAACUCUGUAGGUCCCGCUAUUGCAUGUGGGAUUAUCAGUAUAACAAGCACACCGCCGGCUACCGUUUCAGCAUAGAGAUAAAAAUAUAGUGUGUAAGUUAAACUAUAUAUUUCAGUAUAUGUUACAUCUUAGUGCCUUACAGCAUAGUAUUCUGAGGUUAAAAAUAUUAUUUGUUAUACAAUAUAAGCGGUGGAAAAGGGACCUCAGAAGCAACGAUGUAUCGAGCAGCAAAUUUAUAUUAUGUCAUAAUAUGUAGUAUAUUAAUUUUUAUCCGACGUCCAAAUUACAAAUAAUAAAUAUAUAU